UUUCAUCGAGACGAUGAAUCAACAUGCUUCUAAGAUGUUACCGCCUAGAAAGCACAAUCGACCUGAAAAUAACAAAUCGGAAGAUGUCAAACCGAUAUAUUCAAACCAGCUUUUGGCUGGCUAUCUCGCUCAUGAGUUCUUGACGAGAGGGACUCUCUUAGGAAAAAAGUUUGAGCCCGACUCAACCCAAGCCAACAGUGAUCUGUUGAGCUCAGAUCAGCCUACUAGGAGUCAGGUCAACUCGGAAGUUGCAACUUCAACUUCAACUGUAGAUCCACCUCAACGAACGACAAUUGAGAUCUAUAAUGAGCUCGCAGUCUUAAUGAAAGGGGAUGGGAUCCACAUAAAGGGAAUUGUGAACCCCACGCAGCUCUAUGAAUGGAUUCAGAUGUAAAUUUGAUGACGUGGAGGGUUUUAUUAACGAUGUUUAUGCCUGAAGGACCAAGCCCAUGGAUGUU